GUGUAUAGCAAAUUUAAGUAAAACUAACAGGACAGACUAAAUGCGUUGGUGGGAGAAACGGAACCUUUCUUGCCAAUAAACUCUAUGGGCUUUCGGACCUGUGUGAGCUCUGUCACAAUAUUGGUUAUAUGAACCCUGCUAUGUCAACACAGUGAAAUUGGUACUUAAUAUCAGUGAUGCUGCAGUCUGAAUUUGUUCGAUUUUUAACAGAGGCAGAUGCUGACAUACAGGCGUUCCCAGUAUUGCCAGUUAUUACAUCAUAACUCAAUACAGCAACAGGGAAUCAUGAUGACGCUAAGGAUAAUAGAUCACCAUUUACUUUCACUUCACAGCGAUUCCGGUUAAACAACGAAGAUGAAUUGUUUGAAGAACGUUUUGUUAAUUUCAAUUUCGUAUUAUUGAACCGUCAGUGCUGACAGGAAACCCUCUGAAGAAGCUAUAGGAUGGAGAUAUCCAUCAUCCAAAGACAUCUGUACUUGCAAGAUGCCAUAACAAGUGUUGCAGAUGAUACUGAUAAACCAAAGUAGGCACAGCACAUCUCUGAGUUCAGAUGCCAUAUAGCAGGCUGUAGCCAGCUCUUUGACACACUGGAAGGGUAUGAGCAUCAUUACAAUACAUUUGACCGCAACGUCCGCUCCUACUGCAAGCGCUCCUUCCCCUCCGGCCAUCUUCUGGACAUUCAUAUACUGGAGUGGCACGAUUCCCUGUUCCAGAUCCUGGCAGAGAAGCACAACAUGUAUCAGUGCUUGGUAGAAGGCUGUUAUGUGAAAUUUAAGACCAGUAUUGACACAAAAGAUCAUUUAAUAAAAAUUCACAGUUAUCCUCCAGAUUUUAGAUUUGACAAACCCAAGAAAAGAAGUAUGGAGUCCAUCGAGGUCUGUCCACCUGAAAAAUCAGAGCCGGCAAUGAAUGAAGACAGCUCUGGUCAUGUAGAGCAGAUGAAGCCACACUAUUCAUACAAGGUACCAGCCACAAUUUGUUUUGGUCAAGGCUCAGUACGAGGAUUCAGGGGCUUGAGGAAAAAGAAAUGAUUUCUACUGAAGAAAAUUAAAUGAAUGAGGAGGCUCUGUCCCCUAUAGCUCUCCUUAAAGUGAUACAAUAACUUGGGGCGUAAGAAUUCAUAGUGGAUUGUUACAGCUCUAAUAAUAAUUUCCCAUUGCUGCAACUGUCUUGGCAAAUUUCAUUAACAUUAUCAAGUAAAAGCAACAUUAUCCAAAUGUUCAAUAACUAUCAUCUCAUCAACGAUAUUGCAUUUUUAGAUUAGAAAGUCUAGCAUUAAAAAAGAACAAGUAGAGACUGGUAAAUAGUUGGUGUACUGUGGUAUGUGUUCAUCAGAUCUUAUAUUCUCCUUGCUGAUUAAACUCACGGAACACAUCAAAAUAAAGCUACACACUACCAGCUACAGAGUGAACUGAGGCAUGCCAAGCACUCCACAGUGUGAGAGUUUGGGAAUCAGCUUACAAUGCCAUCUAUCAUACCCCAGUCACUCCCCAGUAUGUAGUCUACAGAAGCCUGACAACAACCUUAAAUGUGAGAUGUGCAACAGCCCCAUGACUACCCCCAGCAAGAGAUCACAUUGUAUUACUAUCCAGCGAGUCAAGAGAGUUACAUUACAUCAUUUGUCAGCAAUGGUGGGCAAUCCCUGAAAUGUAGUGACAAAAAUGCCAACUUUGUUCACCCUUCCUGUAUGUUUUUUACUAUUUCUUUCUUUUUUUUUUUUUGUCGUGCCGCUCUUCUACUAAA